GUCCCAAUUGUAUUCCCUGGAAGAGCAGCCGGAAAAGCCUCCGUCUGCUCAUACCAGGAUAGGCGAGAAGCUGGUUUCUCCUCGCAGCCGGCUCCCUGAGCCCCAGGAACCACCGCGGCGGCCGGCACCACCUGGACCCAGCUCCAGGCGGGCGCGGCUUCAGCACCACGGACAGCGCCCCACCCGCGGCCCUCCCUCCGGCGGCGCGCUCCAGCCGGUGUAGGCGAGGCAGCGAGCUAUGCCCGCGGCAUGGCCCGGCGCUGCGGCCCCGUGGCGCUGCUCCUUGGCUUCGGCCUCCUCCGGCUGUGCUCAGGGGUGUGGGGUACGGACACAGAGGAGCGGCUGGUGGAGCAUCUCCUGGAUCCUUCCCGCUACAACAAGCUUAUCCGCCCAGCCACCAAUGGCUCUGAGCUGGUGACAGUACAGCUCAUGGUGUCACUGGCCCAGCUCAUCAGUGUGCAUGAGCGGGAGCAGAUCAUGACCACCAAUGUCUGGCUGACCCAGGAGUGGGAAGAUUAUCGCCUCACCUGGAAGCCUGAAGAGUUUGACAAUAUGAAGAAAGUUCGGCUCCCUUCCAAACACAUCUGGCUCCCAGAUGUGGUCCUGUACAACAAUGCUGACGGCAUGUACGAGGUGUCCUUCUAUUCCAAUGCCGUGGUCUCCUAUGAUGGCAGCAUCUUCUGGCUGCCGCCUGCCAUCUACAAGAGCGCAUGCAAGAUUGAAGUAAAGCACUUCCCAUUUGAUCAGCAGAACUGCACCAUGAAGUUCCGUUCGUGGACCUACGACCGCACAGAGAUCGACUUGGUGCUGAAGAGUGACGUGGCCAGCCUGGACGACUUCACACCUAGUGGUGAGUGGGACAUCGUGGCGCUGCCGGGCAGGCGCAACGAGAACCCCGACGACUCUACGUACGUGGACAUCACGUAUGAUUUCAUCAUUCGCCGCAAGCCGCUCUUCUACACCAUCAAUCUCAUCAUCCCCUGUGUGCUCAUCACCUCGCUAGCCAUCCUUGUCUUCUACCUGCCAUCCGACUGUGGCGAGAAGAUGACAUUGUGCAUCUCAGUGCUGCUGGCGCUCACGGUCUUCCUGCUGCUCAUCUCCAAGAUCGUGCCUCCCACCUCCCUCGACGUGCCGCUCGUCGGCAAGUACCUCAUGUUCACCAUGGUGCUUGUCACCUUCUCCAUCGUCACCAGCGUGUGCGUGCUCAACGUGCACCACCGCUCGCCCACCACGCACACCAUGGCGCCCUGGGUGAAGGUCGUCUUCCUGGAGAAGCUGCCCGCGCUGCUCUUCAUGCAGCAGCCACGCCACCAUUGCGCCCGUCAGCGCCUGCGCCUGCGGCGACGCCAGCGUGAGCGCGAGGGCGCUGGAGCCCUCUUCCUCCGCGAAGCCCCGGGGGCCGACUCCUGCACGUGCUUCGUCAACCGCGCGUCGGUGCAGGGCUUGGCCGGGGCCUUCGGGGCUGAGCCUGCACCGGUGGUGGGCCCGGGGCGCUCAGGGGAGCCGUGUGGCUGUGGCCUCCGGGAGGCGGUGGACGGCGUGCGCUUCAUCGCAGACCACAUGCGGAGCGAGGACGACGACCAGAGCGUGAGUGAGGACUGGAAGUACGUCGCCAUGGUCAUCGACCGCCUCUUCCUCUGGAUCUUCGUCUUUGUCUGUGUCUUUGGCACCGUCGGCAUGUUCCUGCAGCCUCUCUUCCAGAACUACACCACCACCACCUUCCUCCACUCAGACCGCUCAGCCCCCAGCUCCAAGUGAGGCCCUUCCUCACCUGCAUGCUCCUUCACUCCACCACCCUCUGCUGCACAGUAGUGUUGGGUGGAGGAUGGACGAGUGAGCUACCAGGAAGAGGGCCACUGCCCCCACAGAUCCAUCCUUUCGCUUCAUCUGGAGCCCCUCCUCCCCCACACCUCCAUCCACACACAGCAGCUCCAACCUGGAGGCUGGACCAGCUGCUUUGUUUUGGCCGCUCUCCUCCUCUUGUACCAGCCCAGGCAAUAGUGUUGAGGAGGGGAGCAAGGCUGCUGAGAAGUGGAAGACAGAGAUGGCAGAGCCAUCCACCUUGAGGAGUGAUGGGCAAGGGGCAAGGAAGGGAACAGGAUUGUCUGCUGCCUCCAAGUCAUGGGAGAAGAGGGGUAUAGGACAAGGGGU